GGAAGAGCACCCUUCGGGUGUACCACAUCGGCGAAACGAACUACCGGGCUUUUUUUCUUCAGUUACGAAUGCAUCUGGUGAACAUCUUUGCAUCUUCCCAUUAUUCUAAAAGACAAGACUAAACUACAGGGUUCAUAAGAAAUUCAUCCACUCGAGGAAGUUUUCCUGCCGAAAUUGAUAGCAAUGAAAACUGGUACGGCAUGCUUGAUAAGUUUCGACUGAUGGAACAAAGAAAGGCAGUCCUUGGCGACGACUGAGGGGCGAUGCCACGUCCCUCCAUGACCUACACAGUAGGCGGUACACACCAACAAGUGACAUCCAUUGACAUUGACAACUCUCUAAGCUUUUCAUUCCAUAUUCAGAAGUCUCCUUUCGCCAGCAAUAAGAAUGCCUUGAUGAUCAAUGAUACCGUGUCGUCGUACGGCCAUAGAAUCUCUUUACCUAUCCUCCUGUAGUCGAGUGCCCGCAUCCUCAUCCUUCGAAGUAACUCUCGAUGCGCCUAUGAACACGCAAGCGUGCUGGUGACACGACUUUGUGGAAAUGGUUAGGUCGACGUAGAUGUACAA